GGUAAUAUAAUGAAUUAAUAAGAGGAGAGUGAUGAUUGAACCGUACCAACGAAACUGUCCUGUAUGUGAUCUCUCUCAAAGAUUUCAGCACCUUUGAAGGAAGCAUCAGUAUUAGAGUUAUCUACCCUUUUCUGCUUUCUGUUACUGGGGCAUCUAUAAACUGAAUAAAUAGUGUUAAAUAGACUUAUUCGUUCUGUCACAUAGUCUCUGAAUUGAGAUUACAUGUCCAUUAUCAUGAGUUGCUUUUGCUUUAGAAAAGGUAACCCCGCCAAGACUAAUCAUGACCAAUUCGUCAUUCUUGCUUCCGAGACAUCCUUUACUGUGAAUGAGGUUGAGGCUUUACUUGAUUUGUACAGAAAGCUAAGUGGUACAGUUAUUGGUGAUGGUUUAAUUCACAAGGAGGAGUUCCAGUUUGCACUUCUUAGAAAUAGUAGUAAGCAGAAUCUAUUUGUAGACAGGGUAUUUGAUAUGUUUGAUAUUAAGCGAAACGGGGUUAUCGAGUUCACCGAGUUCGUUCGGUCUCUGAGCAUCUUUCAUCCUAAUACAUCACCAGAGAAGAAAAUUGAAUUUGCAUUUAGAUUGUUUGACCUUAGACAAAGUGGAUACAUUGGACACAACGAGUUGAAGGAGAUGGUCUUGGCAACUCUGACUGAAUCAGAUGUUACUGUUCCAGAUGAUAUUGUUGAAUCAAUUGUGGGAAAGACAAUGAGGGAAGCUGACUCAAAUGGAGAUGGGAAGAUUGAUGGUAAAGAGUGGAAAGAAUAUGUGAGGAAAAAUCCCUCUCUUCUGAAGAUGAUGACUCUGCCAUAUCUAAAGGAUAUAACUCUGGCAUUUCCCAGCUUUGUUUUGCGCACUGAAGUGGAACACUGCUAACCAAAAAUGCACUGUGGAACCAAAAUAUCACCUGAAAGCUCCUUUAUAGAAUGUGUAACUAACCAUGUUAAAUAAAAGCAUGCAUAAUAAACUGAUUUUGUGAACUCUGGCACUAUAUAAUAUUGUUUGAUAAAUGUAUUUAAUUUCUAAUGAAGGUUUUCCCAACAAUGCCAUACUACUAUACUAUACUCACAUUUC